AAUAGCCUUAAGUUAAUCUGUAUGCCACGGUCUUAAAGGCCAUUGUACUAAAGUUUCGGUAGAAAUCGUAAGGCUGUAAAGAAAUCGACCAAUCACAGUCAAACAUUCUUACUACGCCAUGAGAAUUCUUGAUUGGUCGAGUUGCUUACGACCUUACGACUGAAACUUGUGUAUACACGCAGUAGUCUUAACUCGCUUCUAGACUUCAGUCUGUAUACGCCUUCCUUUAAUACCGAAAACAUGACGCCCCGCCUUGAUAGCUUUAUUGUGCACAACGCGUCGAAACGAAGAGAGAGAAGAUGGCCUUCUCCAUUCGAUCGUGGUCGCUUUUCGCGUGCGCAUCAACUUUUUUUGCUGAUCCGGAAGAAAACGGAAAUUGACGAACGUCCGACGGAAAGUUAUCGCUAUUGAAAUUAGUUUGCUUGGCGAUCUUCCAGUUGAUAACCAAUUCUCCUCUUUCUAAUCCAUUAAAACUGAAAAACUUGCAUUUUGAGUGAACUCUCGAGUGACAGUGAUAACGAAAGUGCAAAGAGACACCGUACAACAGUUUCAAUGACGGAAGUGAGUCCUCCUCUGCUCGAGUCCCUUCCGCAGGAAGUAAAGCGGCCUCAAUAAAAAAAGGAAGGACCACCUUGGUGCGUCUCUCGAUGAUACUUCUGCUCGAUUUGAUCAAUCUCGUUAUUACUCGAUAUUAAUGACGUGACGGAGUUUGGCACGAAAGUUUGACGGAAGUUGCGAACGGACAGCGCUAUUAAUUAAAAUGAGUGGAUCGUCUGGCGAUUGCAGCAUGCAACCGACGCAGGAGAUCAGGGUCUAUAAGAGACGAUGGCAGAUCCUCGCGCUCUUCGUGGUGUACAGCGCCAGCAACUCCAUGCAGUGGAUUCAAUACAGUAUUAUUUCCAACAUUAUAACGAAGUAUUACAACGUUUCGGACUAUGCAGUGGACAUGACGAGCAUGAUAUACAUGAUAACGUACAUACCGUUGAUAUUUCCCGCCAGUUACCUGCUCAAUAACUUCGGCCUCAGGUGUACGGUGAUCAUCGGGGCGCUGGGGACCGUCAUCGGUUCCUGGAUCAAGGUGUUCAGCAUAGCCCCCGAUCGCUUCUGGGUCACGUUCGUCGGACAAACUGUGGUGGCGAUCAGCCAAACCUGCAUUUUGUCCGUUCCAGCUCGACUGGCCGCGGUAUGGUUCGGGGACAACGAAGUCAGUCGGGCCUGCGGCAUCGGUGUCUUCGGCAAUCAGCUGGGAAUCGCUAUCGGUUUCUUGUUUCCGCCGAUGUUGGUGAAGAACAAGGAGAUCUGCGACAUCGAAAGCGGGCUGCAACGUAUGUUCUACAUCGUCGCGGCUAUCACGUCGUUCGUACUAAUCCUCAUACUACUCCUCUUCAAGUCGGCACCGCCUCUGCCACCUAGCUCCGCUCAAGCUGUGCAAAGAGAGAAAUCCGAGAGCAGCAGGGAGGUGAAGAAAUUUUUUGACUCUAUCAAAAGACUGUUCUUGAAUCGCGGAUAUUUAUUACUUUUAAUUAGCUACGGCAUCAACGUCGGCACCUUUUACGCCAUAAGCACUCUCCUGAAUCGACUUGUCAUCAAACAAUUUCCGGAAAGCGAGGAGGAUGCUGGUCGAAUCGGCUUAACAAUAGUUUGCGCCGGUAUGAUGGGCUCAAUUGUGUGCGGCGUUUUACUAGAUAAAACACACAAAUUCUGGUGGACGACGGUAGGAGUGUAUAUUUGUUCUUUGCUGGGUAUGAUAAUCUUCACUUUCACACUGGACAAGAAUGUGGGGAUAUACGCCAUCUACAUCACGGCUGGCAUUUUGGGCUUCUUCAUGACCGGCUACCUGCCGGUUGGUUUCGAGCUCGCCGCGGAGCUGACGUUCCCGGAGCCGGAAGGAACGUCAACGGGCUUGCUGAACGCGGUCGUGCAGAUCUUCGGCAUCGCCCUCACCCCGCUCUACCGCUAUCUGCUUAACAUUUGGGAGGAUUUGUGGGCGAACGUGACGCUGUGCGGUAUCCUCGCAGCUGGCGUUUUACUCACGACUUUGAUACCUAACGAUCUGAGACGUCAGAAAGCGAAGGCUUGACCAUCUGAGCGACAUUCGUAAUAAGCGAUGAGUUUCCGCUGGAAGAAAUAGUUUUCGACAAUACUCCCCGUAACUUGUUAUUCCAGUCCAUUAGGACUCAUCCCUCGAAUAUAUGUUGUGUGCCGGAA